GUUGGUCCGCGAGUUGAGUUGCAAGAAACUGCAGGUAAACAGUACCUUUGCAUGCUUCAAUGUUAAAAGUGUCACAUUUAUGUCCUGUGUGUUAUAAUAUUAGGAGCACCGUUUCGUUACCUAGUAUUCCACCUGUAGGACAACGUUAUACUUUCGCUCACCAAUUGGUCACUUUUAACUCAGUAUGACAACUCGUGUUCGACCGAGUAACAAGCGGUGUGCAGUCAUCGGGGGCUCGGGUUUCCUGGGCAGACACCUGGUAGAGAAGCUGUUGGAUCGAGGCUACUCUGUUUCUGUGUUUGAUAUCCGUCAGAGUUACGAGCUGCCUGGGGUCGCCUUCCACCUGGGAGACCUGUGCGACAAGCAGGCUCUGCUGCCAGCUAUGAAGGAUGUGUCCCUGGUCUUCCACUGCGCCUCCCCAGCUCCUGCCAGUGAUGACCGCGGGCUAUUUGAGAGGGUCAACAUUCAGGGCACACGCAUCGUCAUCCAGGCCUGCAUCGAGGCCGGAGUACAGAAACUGGUCCUGACGAGCAGUGCUAGUGUGGUGUUUGAAGGGACAGAUAUUAAGAAUGGGAGAGAGGAUCUGCCAUACGCCAAGAAGCCCAUCGACUAUUACACAGAGACCAAGAUUGAGCAGGAAAAGCUUGUCCUCGAGGCUUGUGACAAAGAGAAAGGUCUCCUCACAGUUGCUAUCCGGCCUCAUGGCAUCUUUGGCCCUCGGGACCCUCAGCUGGUUCCUAUCCUCGUGGACGCAGCUCGCAGGGGCAAGAUGAAGUUCAUCAUUGGGGAUGGGACCAAUCUGGUGGAUUUCACCUUUGUGGAAAACGUAGUUCAUGGCCACAUUCUGGCUGCUGAGCGCCUGAGGCCGGACUCUCCUAUAUGUGGAAAACCAUACCACAUCACCAAUGACGAGCCCGUUAAAUUCUGGGACUUCAUGUCUGAUGUGUUGGUGGGUCUGGGGUACGCUGCCCCCCGCUACCACCUCCCCUACGCUCUAGUGUACGGCCUGGCCCUGCUCCUCUGGCUGCUGGCUCUCAUCCUGCGCCCUCUGGUCUCCUUUAAACCCACCUUCACCCCCAUGAGAGUGGCUCUGGCUGGAACCCACCACUACUACAACUGUGAGCGCGCCAAGCAGGACCUGGGCUACAAACCGGUGGUCAGUCUGAAGGACGGGAUAGCCCGCACCGUGCAGAGCUACCCUCACCUCAGACAGGGGGCUUGAUGGAAGAAUGAAGACUGUUGAGACAUGUAAGGCUGUACAGUUACACUCGCCGACAAUACAGUGAUCACGUAACCCUGACUGGACAAUUUAGAAUAAGAGAAGAAACCUCACUAUAUGUGCCUUUAGGAAAUGUACUUUUCACCAGCAGAUGGUAGCAAACAGUUCUAUGUUUGGUCAACACACUGCAGUCUAGCAAUGUUUGUAAGCACUGAGUAAACAGUAAAACCCCUGUAUAUGACAGCAUCAAUCUACUGACCUUUCACUGUGAAGACAUUACAAUUCAUAUUUUGCUUUUGUUUGACAACAUAUGCUCCAUAUGCAUUGCGAUUAUUGAUGUUACUGUUAUGUGAAGACAUUUUUAUGCCAGAAAUGUAACAAUAAUAUAAUAAAAUAAUGAUAAUAAUGCAAGUAAA